AUGGCCCAACAAAUGGCUAAAAAUGCUUUACAACGUUUUAGCCGUUCAAAAGUUGAUUGGAAUAAAUUAUUUGAAAUAAGUGGACAAAACACAACAACUGUAUCUGCUCUACAAUCAAAGACAUUUCAGUAUGCUUCAAAAAUGAAUUCUCUUCCUGAAUCACUGCCUAAAAUUGAUUUUAAUUAUUAUAAAAAGUUAGUGCCCGAUGCAUCUUUUGUUGAUAAAAUACAGAAAGAGUAUGAGAAUGCACAGAUAUCUUAUCCAAAAGAUCUUUCAAAUCGUAUGCAAGAAUUGGAAGAAUUUGGAAAAAGUGAAUUUGCACGUUAUGAUAGUAUUCCUCAUCCAGAUGAGGUACCAAACGAAUUGUUAUUUUUUUACUUACCGGAUAUGAUGUUUCCAAAAGUAUGGGAAAAAGGAAGAGAUGGCGAUUCACUGGAUGAUUUUUCUGUUCCUCCUUUUAACAAAGAAGAUUCGAUGCGUUGGUGGUUUGAACAAGGCGGUGAAAUGAAAAUUCAUUCUCGUAGUUACCAUUUACCAGACGAAGCACUGACUCCAAUUGAUAAAGGACCCACAAGUCAUUAUCCAACUAUCGAAGAAGUUCGGGGAUCGGAACAGGACGGAAAUAGGCAACAACAAAAACUCAGUCCACCACAAUCAGAUAAUAAACAAAGCCAAAUUAAAUCACAUUAG